AUGGCCCCCCCUCCCUUCUACGCAGUCAUCUCCGGCGUAGGCUCCGGCACCGGCGCCUCCCUCGCCCGCCGCUUCGCCCAAUCCUACGCCGUCGUCCUCCUCUCCCGCAAGCCCUCCUCCUACGAGUCCAUCGUCGCCGACAUCAAGGCCUCCGGUGGCACCGCCAUCGGCAUCACCGCCGAUGCCACCGACCCGGCUGCUACCGACGCCGCCUUUGCCCAGAUCGCAAAGGAGCUGCCCGACUCGAAGCUCGCCGCGGCCGUGUACAACGGCGGCAGCGGCAUGGCCCGGAAGCCGUUCUUGGAGCUGACGCUGGAGAAUCUGGACGUGAGCCUUCAGGGCGCUGCCAAGGGUCUCUUCAUCUUUGCCCAAAAGACGCUCCCUCUCCUCGUCGACGCCGUCGACUCCUCCCCCAACCCUCCUUCUCUCCUCGUCACCGGCGCCACCGCCUCAGUCCGCGGUUCCGCCUUGUUCGGCACAUUCGCCGCUGGUAAAUUCGCCCAGCGUGCCCUCACCCAGUCUCUAGCCCGCGAGUACGGCCCCAAGGGCGUGCACGUGGCCCUGGCCGUCAUUGAUGGCGGCAUUGAUACCCCCUGGGGCAAGGACAGGCAAUUCAACAACGGCGUGGAGGAUGGCAAGAUUAGCCCUGAUGCUAUUGCCGAGAGUUACUGGCACUUACACUCGCAACACCGAUCUGCUUUCACUCAGGAGCUGGAUAUUCGCCCAUAUGUAGAGAAAUUUUAA